AGUAUAUUUAUGAGUAGAAGAAACAGUCACACUACCGUUUGUUUACAAACUUUCAUUUGUUAUUACUUUGAGAAUAUUGAAAUGUCUGAGCUCGACACGCGACUUAUAGAAUUGGUAAAGGCUAAUCCCAAGCUAUAUGAACGGGAAGUAAGGUGCACACCCUAUGACGCCAACAAAAAACGGAACUCGGAAAUCUGGCGCAGCAUCGCCACUUCCUUAAAAUCAGAUGUCCAUGCCUGUAUGACUCGGUGGAACCAUCUGGUGACCAAGCACCGUCGGGAGUUGAUAAAGGCAAAAUCGGGAGGCAGUGGCUCCGAUUGGACUCUGCUGCCCCAAUUGAAUUUUCUGCAACAUCAUCACCCAAACAUUCACCGAAAUUCGGGAGAUGUGAGUAGGAGCUCCCUGAAGUCCAUCGAAGAAAUCCACGACGAGGAGGAUCCCCUUCAGGAGGCUAUGGAUGAGCAGCUGGCCGUGGCGGGAGCACCCCUACCAGCCGUAAAUCCUGCGCCUGCACCUUCUGCUGCUCCAGUUAGAGCGGAAAAAAGAAUUGAGGCCCUGCUUGAAGGAUUGGGAGAAGCAAACCGCAUAAAGGCGGAAAAAAGGAUACUCGCAUACUUAUGCAAAUGCAAUCUGCGCGCCCUUAACGACGAGCAAAUCGAUGAUAUAGUUAUAUAGAAAGUGUGGCAUAGAAUAUAUCAAAGCUAUUAACAUCACAAAUAAGGUUUUAAAGUCUGGCUCCCAUUUAGCUCUUUUAAUACAAUUUUAAGAAAUUUCACCGGAAACGGGGAAAUAAAUAUAAGUGUGAUUGAACAACUUAUUAAUAAUACCCAAAAACAAUUAUAUUCUAGAAUUUAAGUUAUUAAAAUUCAAUUUGUUAAAUUCAACUUGAAAAA